UCUUGGGCGUUGAUAAUUAUAACGUGCGUUGUGACUUGAUGAUCCUUACAGAAGUGUGCUCAUCCAAAAAUGAACGCCGGCUGUGGCUGUAGUCUGCAGGGCUACACUUCCCUUUACAUUUUUCAGUUUCAACCGGUGACGAGUGUUACCGGGAAGAUCCACUGUGGAGCUUCGUCAACGAGGAGCAUGCUAGUUUCUUCGGCACAGGUAAUUUAAUAAACCCCUGUCUUUCAAGUUGAUGACUUCUUCUGAUUGUCAUGGACUCGUGAUGAGUUGACCUUCGCUAUAAAAGCGUAUGACCACGCUGGUACAGUUCCUCCGCUGGGCGCAUCCGCUGAUCGGGACGAUCGUCGACAUGUGUACUAUUUCAAAUGCCAUGGGACUAAUCUUGGUACAUAGACCGUCCGUGAGGAAAAACCAUGCUUCCAUACAGGUACAGGGGGGACAGGGGGCCGGUUUAUUGCACCUGCUGUCAUACCCACUGGCUCGUCCACGACAACUCCUGCAGCUUGUGCUCAAACUGUGCCUACAAACUGUGUCCAGCUGUGUCCCCAGUGGGUUCUCCCUCCGAGUGGAGUUGCUCCACCGCAAGUCUCGGUCUCAUCGAUACAAGUCAUGGUGUGAAAUUCUUCCCCCCCUAUUCUGGUACCAUGAUGGGAGAUAUCGGAACGAUCAUGGGUGGAAGCAUGUGAGUGCAAGGGAAGGAGAAGUGUUCUUUUGGGUUGAUGGGCUUUGCUGUAUCCUGACGGUGUUGGCGGUCAUCAUUCUAACUCCUGAUAGCAUACCACAGCCUGUGCGGAUAUGAUUCUGCUCUCACAGACCAAGGUCGACAGUUUGGGAAACUGAGUAGUAAAGAAAGGACCUAGAUGCGUGUGUCAACUGAAGCCGUGCGGCUGCGGAACUAAACUUACAGAAGGAUUAUUGAAAGAAAG